AUACAAAGGAGGAGGACAGUCAACUCAAGAGUCUAAAGCUCACCAAGCUGGAGGAAAACACAGCUGGAAAACCAACAACUGUUACCAAUGAGAUCUGGAGGUUUACUGCUGAGGCUAACAACUUCCAGGCCUCGCUCACUGCAGUAACACAUGUUCUGUGUUACUUCUGGAUCAGAACUCAGACCUGACCCAGUUCUACAUAGGAGAAACUCACAGAGUCAUUAUUACUGAGAGCUGAAAUGGAGCAAAGAGUAGUUCAACUAGACCGAGAUAAUGUGUCCUGUUCCAUCUGUUUGGAUCUAUUGAAGGAUCCGGUGACUAUUCCUUGUGGACACAGUUACUGCAUGAACUGUAUUAAAACACACUGGGAUGGAGAAGUUUGGAAGAAAAUCUACAGCUGCCCUCAGUGCAGGAAAGAGUUCAUACCGAAACCUGUCCUUGAAAAGAACAUCAUGUUGGCUUCUUUAGUGGAUGAUCUGAAGAAAACUGGACUCCAAGCUGCUCACGCUGAUCACUGCUAUGCUGGACUUGAAGAUGUGGCCUGUGAUGUCUGCACUGGGAGGAAGAUGAAAGCUGUCAAGUCCUGCUUAACGUGUUCAGCUUCUUACUGUGGGGAUCACCUCCAACCUCACUAUGAUGCUCCACCAUUACAGAAGCACAAGCUGGUGAAUCCCACCAAUAAGCUCCAGGAGAACAUCUGCUCUCAUCAUGAUGAGGUGAUGAAGAUCUUCUGUCGUACUGAUCAGCAGUGUAUCUGUUAUCUCUGCACUAUGGAGGAACAUAAAGGCCAUGAAACAGUCCCAGCUGCAGCAGAAAGAGCUGAGAAGCAGAAGGAGCUCCAGGAGAGUCGACAACAAAUCCAUCAGAGAAUCUAGGACCAAGAGAAAGAUGUGAAGCUGCUUCAACAGGAGGUGGAGGCCAUCAAUGUCUCUGCUGAUAAAGCAGUGGAGGACAGUGAGAAGAUCUUCACUGAGAUGAUCCGUCUCCUCCAGGAAAGAAGCUCGGAUGUGAAGCAGCAGAUCAGAUCCCAGCAGGAAACUGAAG